AUGGCUUCCUACAAAUAUGAGAGUUUACCAAAUCCGUCACAAGCUAUUCGACUUGUACAUCUUCUUCCUGGGAGCAACAAUAACCCUAUCAGGCUGAGACUUGAAGCCAUUAGCUUCCCCGCAGUUAAACCUUCUCCUAAAUCUCCCCCUCCACCAGAGAGAAGAAAGUAUCUCCCAAGUCCAUGGAUAGCCUAUGAGAACCUAGAGGGCAAUGUGUUAUACUUUAACGACGAAACACAUGAAACGUCAUGGAAGUGCCCUACCGGACCGACAGCACCUAGUGCGUGUGUCUCCACGUCUGCUAUACCUGGACUAUUAGUACCUCAGUAUGAGGCUCUAUCAUACACGUGGGGCGCCCCAGAGAACCCAGGAUUUGCCAUCAUUCAAGAUGGACCCGGCCUACCAGAGUCCGUGCUCCCUAUUCAAAGGAACCUGGUCGAGGCAUUCUUCGCUUUGAGGUAUCAAGAUAGGGCUCGGAUCAUUUGGAUUGAUGCGCCAUCCCCUGAUACUACUGAGCCCGAGUGGUACAAGAUUGAAUGCCCGCUCCCCUACAGCGAUGACAUAUACGCAGCUGUGUAUGAACUAUUGGGACGUCCCUGGUUCGAGCGUGUCUGGAUUGUCCAGGAAAUUCAACUCGCAAACGUCGACUCAUCACUGCAAUGUGGCUCUUCCGUCAUUUCCUGGCCUAUCUUCCGACGAGCCGUGCUCUGCCUCCAGUCCAAGAUUCGGAUACCCCUAGAGAAGCUACGACACAGGUUGAUGGAAGUGUGUAAUCUCUCUGACUAUGCCCUUGAUUUCAACCUAUCACGCUUGGUACGAAGGCACAGGGGCAGGAAGUGCAAAGACCCUCGCGAUAAGAUUUAUGGUCUCCUUAGUCUUCUCACACCAGUAUUUACGAGCAAGAUACAGAUCAGCUACAACAAGAAUGUCUCUGAGGUCUACAGAGAUGUCUUUAUAGCUCACUGUCACAUGACUAGAAGAUUAGAGCUAUUCAAUGAUUGCCAAUUCAGCGUGGUACGUCUGGACUGGCCGUCUUGGCUUCCUGACUGGUAUUCUGCUAUUCCUACAGCGCAACCCAAUCGACUUAUGUUUGCAUCUGGCGCCUCACCGUGCGAGGUGAAGUUUGACAAGAACAUCUCUACAGCAGAGGGAGUCAAAUGUGCUACUAUUAACAAAGUCUGCGCAGUAGCUUCUACAAGCCAAGAUGUUAAUAGUAUACGGACAAUCAGAGAAUGGGCUGGGACUUUUGUUGACUCUAGCCUAUAUAUCACUGGGGAAAGUAAGCUUGAAGCUUUUGCUACCGUUCUUUGCGGGUAUCGCCUGCGUGAGAAGUAUCCCAAGCUGGUUACUUUGCCAUCUUUUCAGCAAUGGGCAAUUACAUUAAGAGAUGGAAUUCUCAACGACCAGUGCGAUCGAAUUCGCGUCUUAGAGGAGCCGCGCGUCCGCGAUGCCAUCCUCUUUUCCAAUCACAAGACAUUCGUGUCCUCUGAUGAAGGAUACUUCGGCCUUGCCCCUUCUGGCACAAGACAAGGUGGUGAUAUCAUGUGCGUUCUCCUAGGAACAAAUGUGCCGCUAAUCCUCAGACCAACUCCUGGUGAUCAGUUCCGCCUGGUUGGGGAGUGCUGCAUUCAUGGCUUGCAUGAUGGCAUUGGUAUUCUCGGCCCGUUACCCUCCGGAUGGAGUGUUCAGGCUCACUUUGGCUCAAGCGGCCAAGCCAAGUACUCUUACUAUGAUGGCCACAGGGGUGUUUCUACCGAGACUGACCCACGACUACCGCCUCUUCCUAGUCGGUUCCAGAAGCGGGAGUUCAUACGGACUACCAAUGAUCCAAUUGUGGCAGAAUGUUUCGAAGAUCUCCAAACAGGCGAUUUGAUAAAUCAUGAUCCAAGAAUGACAUCUAAUGCACUACGCGGUAGAGGAUGCAAUAUUAUCUCUUUCAGUAUUAUUUAG